CCACUAACUAUGAUGCACCACUGUAUCACCUGCCUUACCCCACUGUAGUUACCCGCUAACAACACGCCAGUCAUCUGAACUUCAACGUCACCUCAUGCUCACUUCACGAAACAAAGAACCACCGCCGAUUACGAAAAAGAAGCAAAGAAGGACUCCAAAUACCAUCACUACAGCCAUCGAUAACCGACUUGUUUCUGACCGGCCAAGAUGUACUGCAUGAAACAGUAAAGCCCCUGCCAAUCUCGCUGAUCAGCAAAAAGCAAGGCCAAAACAUCGCGGCCCUCACUGCCGCCGCAGAGAGGAAGGACAUCCCACAUCCCACUCCGUGUCACCUGCCGGCCGACGGCGUUCAACCGGUCAGGUCAGGUCAGGUUUAGCCUCAGCCCAGCAAGACCCGGUCGGUCCCUGAGGUAGCUAACCAGGUAGCCAUGGCAUCCCCAAACCCCUACUCCCACUCCCCACAGAUUCCGCAGCGGGAAGAGUCCCCCUACCAAGAAGAUCAGUACCAAUCAUCUCCUUCGCUCCGCUCUACUCCGUUCCGAUCCUCACGAGGGACCGGAGGAGCCGGUACCGGUCUCGGUCUGAGUCCCGGGUUUACUUCCGGUCUCCGGGGCGGAGGCGGAGGCGGAGGUCGUCCAUCCGAACAAAGAUCCGGAGACGGCAGCUACGAUGACCUCCCCCAAAGAUCAUCCGCCUCAUCCCUAAUACCCCAUACCCCCCUACCCCCCAAACCAAAACCAACUUCCAUCCCCGAAACCCUCUGGUCCUUACAGAUCCCUCUCUACAUCACACACCAAUCCCACCCCAAGACGCCCUACAUCUGCUCGGUACCGCGGUUCAGCUACCUCGCUCUGCUGCUGCCCCGGUUGACCGCCUACUACGGUACUCCGUGCUCGAGUUUCCACCAUGAGGAAGUCCACCUGCGUAACUUUGCGGUCGGACUGCUGGUGGAUCUGUACCAGCCUAGUGAGCUGCCGUGGAGGUUGACGGUUGCUGAUGGGGCGGAGUGGGAUAUUUGUGAUACUUUUAUGAAUAGUGCUAAGGAGGCGGAUUUUAUCCGAAAUGGAAAUGCGAAACGGAUCAUGGGUUUGAGUAAGGAGCAUACGACGGCGUUGUGGAAUGCUGUGCAGGAUAAUGACUACCAAGCCUUCACAAAAGUAAACACCCACCUACUCAACGCUCCCACAGCCCUCAAAAACGUUCCAAUACGGAUCUACAUACCCGCAUCACCACCUUCAUCAGACCAAACCCAAACCCAAACCCAAGGAGGACCCGGCCCUAACAACUCCGGCUCUUACCGGGUGAUGCAAACCCUCGUUCCUCCACGGGGUUCAAACAACCGAACGCCCCAAACACUAGGGCAAGCCCUCAAAUCCCUCCUACCCGCCCUUUUCCCCAGCAGCCGCGACCCAGUCCUGGCAAACGUCAUCUUGCACGGAGCUCCCGUGCCGUUCUCGGCACCGCUGGAGGAGUUGAUGAGGGACGCGGCGUAUCCGGAUGGGUGGCUUUGUUUGAUUGUUGUUUUGAUGUGAGCAGGCAGGGGCUAUGAGGGGGUUUUAUGAGGGUUGGGAAGUGAGGGUUACUUACUGGGUGAUGAAGGAUGAAUAGGGAUGG